AUGUGCCAAGGGAGUCUGGCCAAGGGGGAAGAUGGCCCAGAGGAGGAGGAACAGGGAAUGAGGAACAGCAAAUGGGGCUCAGGGGAAGGUGAGUCGGGGCUGCGCUGGGGGGACCCCGGUGCUGUGACCUGGGACCCUUCCCUGUGCGCUGGGCACGGCGGUGGCCCCGGGGACCUGCAGCUCCCGGCCCUGGCCCAGCACACUUGGACCAGCACACCUGACCCAGCACACCUGGACCAGCACACCUGGACCAGAACACCUGGACCAGCACACCUGUGCACCGCCCUGGAACCCAGGGUUUUCAGGAUCCUGGAUCUCGACCCUGCUGAUGCCCAGCAAAUCCAGGUGUGGGAAGGGGGGGUUCCUUUGUGGGGCUCAGAUGUGGGGGUCCAGAUGCAGCACCAGCACUGGGGUGCUCCUGCCUUGUUGCCCUCGGUGAACAGAUCUCACAGUGCCCCAUUCCCUGUUCCAUUCCCUGUUUCAUUCCAUGUUCCAUUCUUAGUUUCAUUUCCUGUUCCACUCCCUGCAGCACCCAGGUGUGGCUGUGCUGAGUGCUGGUGGCAGCAGGGACGGUGGCAUCCUUCCCAGCAGUGUCUUGGGAUGGCCGAACUAUCAGGACGUGAUGCUAGGUGUGCCCGGGGUGACAGCCCAGUUCCAGGGGAAGAGAAGCACUCCUGGGCUCAGCUCCUGGGCUCCCGGCCCAGCCUGGGGCACUGGAGCAGCUCCAGCUCCAUCUGCACUGAGGACUUUGCUGCCAGAUUUUGGGAGGGAAUGGUGGAGCCGCUGCUGUGCCAGCAGGAGCCUGCUGGGGAUGUCCCCACGGAAGGAGCUUGUCCUGGGCAGGAUGAGUCCUUAUUCUCCAGAGAGAGAAGCCUGAACACGUGGCCACAGCUGGUGAUGGAGGUGGACAGACACCCCUGGCAGGACAGGUCUCCAUCUCAGAGCAGGAGAGAGAGCCUGGAGUCCCUGGGAGCGAGGAUCUCCCGCCUGAGCCAGAGCCAUGUGGGGGUGACCCGGGGGGUCCCCUGGGCAUCCCCCUCUGCCCAGCCAGCCCUGGGCUGCAGGGACUCUCCCUGUGAGGACCUGGUGGCCAUGGCCUUGCCUGGGCAUUCCUGGAGAACUCCAGGGAUCUGUGCUGGCAGGAGCUGGGCUGGGACAAGCAUAGGCAGCAGUUUUCCCAGGGCCAGCAGAGCCAGGACCAGGGGACAUCCUGCCCCGAGGAUGAGGCAACAGGAGCCACCAGCUCUCUGGGGACGUGGAGGAAAUGUCACCUUCGCUGUGGAUGACACGGACAGGGAAGGAGCAGACAGCAGCAGGAGUGAGUCUGGACUGGCCCUGGGGCACUGGGAGGUGCUGGCACAGCUGUGGGAGCCCCCAGGCGAUGGGGGUCCCCUGUGUCCCCAGGGCUGUGUGGAGACCAGAAAGGGGGGCUGCCAUGCAAGGACUGGCCUGGCACUGCUGGGACACACCUGGGACACCCAUCACCGGUGCCACACGGACCUGCAGAAUAUGGAAGCCUGUGUGGGCCAGGAGCAGCUGGAUAAGGAGAUGAGGAAACCAGCAACUUCACUCGAAGAGAAACUGGAGCUGCUGCAGAGGCUGCGGGAGCUGGAGCGGGGCAGCCGCUCCCUCCUGCAGCAGCGGCUGCGAGUGAUGCAGCGGCUCCAGGGGCUGCUCCAGAGGGACAGGGCGGAGACCCUUCGGCAGCUCCAGGAGGUCCUGGAGCAGGUCAGGAGGGGAGGAGGGGACGGGCGGGAUGAGAGGGGCGGGAUCGGGCAGGCAGGAGAGCUCGGCGGGAGCAUCUCCCGAGCCGCCCGCGGGAUCCGGCGGUGCCGGGGCGGGCCGGGGGCUCCCCGGCCGUGGGGACCCCCCCGCCUGCCCCGUGGGGACACGGCCCCCGCCCCAGCAGUGCCCUGGGACCGGGCCCCUCGCCGGCAGCUCUCGGCCGCGCUCUCCACGUCCUGCGGGGGCUCCGGCAGCAAAUCCAGCGGCGCCUCGGGCAGUGGCAGAGGGUGGAGGGAGCCCUGGGAGCCGCUGGGCAGAGGAAGGAGGUGA